AUGUUAUUCAUUACAGUCGCAGCAAUAUUCCUCUUCAUAAGCCCAAUUCAAUCCUACCCAUCUCCUCAAGAAUAUGCAGAACGGCGUUCUGCACAAGUAUUUACCGGAGAUGGCACUUUUUAUGAUCCGGGAUUGGGUGCUUGCGGAAUUACCAGCUCUCCAAAUGAUUUUAUUGUUGCUCUCAAUAAAGAACAAUUUGAUUCGUUUCCUGGAAAUCCAAAUUUCAAUCCCUUCUGUGGUAAGCAAGUGGCUAUUUCAUUUGGCGGAAAAACAAUUACUUGCACAAUUGUCGAUAGGUGCGAUGGAUGUUUAUUUGGAUCACUUGACCUGUCCCCUGCUGCAUUCCAGGCCCUGGCGGAUCCAGGCUUAGGCAGAAUAAAAAUUUCUUGGUCAUUUUGCGAUGGAAAUAACCCACCACCUGACCAUGGUUCUGAUGGCCCAGAACAUCCUGACCAUGGCCCCGACAGUAAAAAGCAUCCUGAUCAUGGCCCCGGUAGUAAAAAGCAUCCUAAUCACGAGGACGUUCCUGAUACAACCACCACUCCCGAGAUCGCUUCCGAUAUUACCCCUGAUACUACUACUCCUGAUUCGAUGCCAAUUCUAUCACUACCACUACCGAAAUUGAUGUCGAUCCUACCAUUACCACCACCGCCGAUGUCGAUGUCGACACUAUCACUACCACCAUUCCCACCACAAUUGAACACCAAACAAUUCAUAAAAUUCAUAAAUCGAAUCAUAAAAAAUCAAGGCAUAGACAUAAAAAACAUAGGCAUCAUCAUAAACAUAUAA